AUGGACCGACCUAUGGGAUCCAAACAGGCUAAGCGAGGUCGAUCCAAUCUCUCUGAGGAGUUGAUCCCCCAGCUACUCGAUAACCAAGCACAGAUGUUACAGACUCAAAACUCUGUAGCUGAGUCUAACCGCGAGUUAGCAUUGCAGGGCAAAGCGGCGCAAGAAUCACUUCAAAGUAUGGUGGAUUACACCAUUCUUACUACUAAGCUUUGCGACCUUGAUGACGAAGCACGUGAAGAGCUCCAAGCCCGGCAAGCUGAGGUAAUUCGGCGAUCGCGCGCUCGCAGGGAACGUGAAUAG